UUUUCUCCUCUUUUCCAUAGAUGUUUUUUAAUAUUUAUCGUAUAUUUGUCUUUGCUUUGCGCCAAACCAGGCUUCAAUGGAAAUUCAUAUCAUAUUUGCAGUUCUGUGGAUGUCAUUGAUGAUAAACACUGUUGAAGGAAAAUGUCGUCGUAUUAAGUACACAAAAGUUGCUGAUGACAAAGAGCUCGUCAAUCACACCAUUGCUGUCUUUGGUUGGACGGUGAAUGAUCUGUCGUUGUGCAUGGCCAAGUGCUUCCAGGAAACGCAAGGCUGUGUUUCGUUCAAUUUUUGCUCAAYACCAAACGGAUGGAAAGAGUGCAGGCUWCUUAACUCUAGCCAUUUGAAGAAUGAAUCGUUUUUGGCGGAGAGAAAAGGAUGCGAAUACUACACUUCAGAGAGUACGUGCUCAAGCUCACCAUGYGUCAAGAAUGCGACUUGUGUUCCACACAUGCCAUGGGAUCGAGACCCGUACAGUUGUCUAUGUCCCGCGGGAUUCACGGGAAAAGCCUGUCAAAUCGACAUCGAUGAGUGUGCGUCAUCUGGCGCCUGUCACGUGAACGCCACGUGUACAAACAUGCCUGGGAAAUACAACUGCACGUGCAAGCAAGGUUACCAAGGCGACGGAAUAAUUAAAUGUCUAGGUAUUGAGGGAGUGCAUAGCCUCCUCCACAGUACAGAUAUYGAUGAAUGUAUUUCUGGUGUUCACAMUUGUCAUGCGAACGCAACAUGCCACAAUAACGUGGGCUCAUACUCCUGCAAGUGUAAUCCAGGCUACGUAGGGAAUGGUCGCUCAUGCUUGGAUCUGGCGUGCGAGGGCUACACCAACAUAAGCGACCCAACACGUAAUGUCAAUCACGUGUCCUCGGGUACUAGGAAAUGCGACUCCGACAUUAAUGAAAUUCUGUGGCACCGUUUUGUAAGCCCUGCUGGCGAUCGUUUGCCAACUACAUGUCCACCGCAUAGUCGCUGUCAAACCGACGCAACGGGAUGGCUGGCCGAGGCGCCUCCCACAGUAGCACAAGGGCCUAUUACAAGGAAAGCUUGUUUCAAUUGGAGUCGUGGAGGUUGCUGCUCUGCGCACCAAAUAAUCAUGGUCCGUAAUUGUGGAUCGUUUUACACAUACAAAUUUACAAACCCUGGGAGCUGUUACCGCUACUGUGCUACCAACUGAAGCAAACAUACCGUCGGUUUUCGUUAUAGCGGACAUUCCCCGGGCAGUAGCUAGGUGUCCGCAAUAGCGACCGACCUGUUAAGACGGGUUAUUUUGAGUUUUUGUUAUGUUUUUUUGCUUUUGUUUUUUUGUUUUUAAGGACCGCGGGAGUUUAUUCAGUAUUCCCAAUAACGGUCUGUAAUAUCACCUUGUAAAUGAUCCUUCUACCUAAUGACGUUGAUCAAGAGAAAAUAGCUAAAACAUGCUUGGUAAAUACAACUGCACACGUGUAAGCAAUGUUACGAAGGAGUCUGAAUAAAUAAAUGCCAAGGUA